CGUCUUUUGUCGAUCAUUAACGUUAGACACGACACUCCCCUAGAAGAUUCCAACAAUCCCCUCGUCUUUCCAGCGACGACCUUCCAUCCACAACCUCCAUACCAGAUUUCGGCCCCAUAGUGCACCUAACACUGCUGGCGCGCCUAACUGACCUAUGACGGAAACGAGACUCCACAAUUGGGUAACGAUCGUCGCCAUCAUGGGCGUUGAUCCUGACGAUUAAAAGCAUAAUGGAGGGUUCCUGAUGAUGACUCUUAGAUAUAACAUUACCUCUGAUGUCAGUAGAAUUGACGUCAUGCAUGGUCCACUUUCGAUGACGACAGAGUCGACAGAUGAUAUAUAUGAACAGCAGAAAGCAAUAGGACCACAAUGUCUCACAUUCCCUCCACUCUCUCCUCUUUUUGCCAGAUUAAUUGAAUAUUACAGAUGUCACAAUUAGGACAGAAAAAGCAACCCCCAACUCCGAGCAAGACGCCCAAGAAGGCUGCGCAGAAUGCCGAAAAAGGUGCAAGUGGUGCCCUCGGCAGCGUGAAAGAUACCGCCGGCGGUGCGACAAAGGCUGCAGGAGACACUGCUAGCGGAGCCACAAAACAGGCUCCUAGUCCAGCCAAAGACGUUGGCAAGAAGGUCGGAGACACUGCUGGCGGAGCCACAAAACAGGCUCCUAGCCCCGCCAAGGACGUUGGCAAGAAGGUCGGAGACACUGCUGGCGGAGCCACAAAACAGGCUCCUAGUCCCGCCAAGGACGUUGGCAAGAAGGCUGGAGACACUGCCAAAGACGUCGGUGGUAAGACCUCACAAGCCCAGAAUCCGACGACGCCAAAGAAAACGCCGCAAACCAAGCAGGCCGUCGAUAGUCCAACAAAGAAGGUCGGCAAGGGCGCUGAUACAAUCCAAAAGCAAGGCAAGGACGUAGCAGAGCAAGCGCAGAAGCGAGAUGUUAAACCUGCAACCCAAGGCAAGGACGCCGCAAAGACAGCGCAGAAGCAAGGUGUUGAACCUGCAACCCAAGGCAAGGACGUCGCAGAGACCGCGAAGAAGCAAGAUGUUGAAGGCAAAGUCCCAGAAGAGGCAGGAGCCCCCAGGACCCCUCAGCAAGAAUCUGACGACGAAGACGAAGAAGAAAACCAAGACGACAACGAAGACGAACAGGAAGAAGACAAUGACGAACCAGCAGCAGAAGAGCCCGAGGAGCAGGAUCAAGACCAGGGCGGUUCUGAGGCAGAGUCAGGCGAUGAGGACGUAGCUCAAGCUGAGACUCAGGAUGAACCUGCUAGUGAUGAAGGCGAAGAGCAAGACGAAGAGCAAGUCGAAGAGGAAGACGAAGAGGAAGACGAAGAGGAAGACGAAGAGCAAGGCGAAGAGCAAGACGCUGAGCAAGCCGCUGAGCAAGACGAAGAGCAAGGCGAAAAGGGGGAGGUUUCCUCGGGCGACAACCAACCUGUACCCGAGGAUCAGGAAGGCGGCGCCGAUCAAGCUCUAGACGAAGCCAAUGACGUCAAACCCGAGUUCACAAGCCCUCUGACCGUUGACCAAGCUGGCAAGAUCAAAGACGCCGAUGACCGGACUAUCGCAAAUAUGUCUGAGGAGGACGCCCAAAACCUCGAAGGCUCAGAGAUCGCGGACAUUGAUGCUUCUGGCAACCUCAUGAACAAGGAUGGCGACGUGAUUGGUAACGCACAGCUUGCGUCUGAGCUUGACCAGGCCGAAGAGCAGAUAGACUUUAGCGUGCUCAAGGGUCUCAGUCCCAACAAAGCCGGUAAUUUGGUUGCCAAGGAUGGCGUCACCGUCGGCAAAGUCGUCGACGGCAACCUCAAAAAGCUCCAGGGUCGACGAUGUACCGCAAAGGGCGAAUUCUUUGACGAUUCAGGCAAAAAGAUUGGACAAGCCGAGCCUAUUCCAGAAGACGAGAGGUCGAAUCCAGAAGGCGCACCUUUCGAAGACUUUGAAGGUGCUACAGUCCAGAAAAAUGGCGAUGUAGUGCACAAUGGAGAGAAGGUUGGCGAGAUCGUCGAAGGAGACGCAAAGAAGAUUGCAGGAAAGACAGUCGAUGCCGACGGCGACGUUGUCGACAAGUCUGGCACAAUCGUCGGCAAAGCACAGCGAUGGUACGAGCCAGAAGAGCAGGAGCCAGAGAAGACCGAUCUCUCUCUCCUCGCCGGCAAUCGCGUCAACAAGAGUGGCUACGUUGUCGAUAAUUCUGGCAAGCUACUCGGGCGAGUGGUCGAGGGCGAUCCUGCGAAGCUAGCUGGCAAGAUGUGCGACAAAGAGGGCCAGAUUUGGAAUGAAGGUGGUAGCGUCGUAGGACGCGCGGAGCUGUUGCCCGAGUCUGAGCGCGAAGGACAGAAAGAAGGUCCCUUCUCCGAUUUCCAGCCUGCAACCGUCCGCAAAGACGGCAAGGUUAUUGACAAUUCGGGAACGGUCGUUGGACGUCUGACUGAGGGCGAUGCCAAGAAGCUUCACGGCAAGUCAGUCGAUGAGCAAGGCGACGUUGUCGACAAGAACGGCAAUAAGAUUGGUGCUGCCGAACGAUGGGAAGAAGAGGAGAAAGAAGAGGAGAAGCAUCCUGCUGCCGGUCUCAAGGUUAACAACGAAGGGGCUGUCAUCGAUAGCAACGGAAACACCGUGGCCAAGCUUACAGAGGGCGAGAUCGCACGAUGCCGAGGCAAAGAAGUCGACAACGACGGAGAUGUCUUAGACGCCAAAGGAAAGAGUAUCGGCCACGUAACGCUCAUGCAGGAUCUGCCUAAGAGAGACGAAGCUGCCGAGCAGAAGAAAGCAGAGGAAGAGGAAGCACGAAAGGUAGCCGAACAGAAGGAAGCAAAGGAAGAGGAAGCACGAAAGGAAGCCGAACAGAAGAAAGCAGAGGAAGACGCAGAACGUAAAAAGAUAGAGGACGAGGAGCUCGAGAGGCUCGAAGGCGACAGCAAGCUGGCUAAACGCAUGGCUUACGAAGUUGACAGUACACUUGAUCGUGUCAAGCCUAUACUCGAAGAAAUGACGGACUUGAUCGAGGAUGCGCACUCCAAGCCGAAAGAGGAAGUCAACCAAGAAGAACUUGUGAAGAAAGUGAAGCCCCUUAUUCAAAAGAGCUCGGACAUCCUCAACCAGUGCAACUCCAACAUUCGCGAGAUGGAUCCCGACGGCCGAAUGCAGCAACAGUCAAAGGAGAAUGCUGCCACUGGUGAAGCUACUCCAGAAGAGCGACACCUCGCUGAAGGCCUCAAGAAGCUUUCGACAGAAGUCACAGAUGCUAUCAGGAAGGGCAAGAAGGGUAUCGAAGGUAUGCCCGAAGCUAAGAAGGGGAUCAGUCCACUUUGGCACCUGCUCGAGCAACCAUUGGUGCAAAUUCUUGCAGCAGUCGGGUUACUCUUGUCCGGUGUUCUGGGCCUUGUGAACCAGCUCUUGGGCGGGCUUGGUCUGAAUGGCCUGCUCGAUAGUCUCCUUGGUGGAUUGGGUCUUGACAAGCUCCUAGGCGGUCUUGGAAUUCCUAAACUUGGUGGAAAAUAAUGUGACUGCGAAACAAGGACGUGGACCGACAUUGGAAAAAUCACAACUCCUGACGUACAAAUGUAGCUCUAAUAACCACACACACGAGUAGCAAUUAUUUAAGUACUGUAGCCAU